AUGAUAAAAUUCAAGGGUCGAAGCACUCUGAAGCAGUAUAUGAAAGAUAAGCCAGUAAAAAGGGGUUACAAGGGGUGGAUGUUAUGUGAUAGUUCUGGGUACAAUUUAAAAUUUGAAGUAAAUACAGGUAAAAAAAAAGGGACAGUUGAAGCUGGUCUUGGAGGUAGGGUAGUACUUGAUUUAUUAAUAUGCUUUUUGAAAAUCUGUUGA